CACGCAUUAACAGCUUAUGAGCCCCUCAUCUCCUGCUUGCGCUACACUCUGUCCCUGCGCGGGCGGGCGACAGUAGGAGAGAAGGAGAUGGUCCAGAAGAAUGUGAGCUCGCAUGUGGCCCAUUUGAAGAGAGUCAGGCCGCCGCCGCCACCGCCGCGGCUGCUGCUGCCAUCUCUGGUGCCCCGGGCGAUUCCGCGUGAGAGGACGAACCGGAUAGGCCAGUCUGGCGCAACGGCGUCGCACUCGACGUCGCUCUUUUCCCUCUUUGUGCGGCCGAUCAAGGGCAGCGUCACUGAUCUGUACGCCCGCGCGCCAUCACUGCCGCAAGAGGCGGCCGAGAGGGGCCUGCUCAAGAAGAAGCACGCCUGGGAGCGCCUCAAGGUUGGCAAGACGUGGCGCGACGGCGAGGGUGAAGAGGAUGAGACGUAUUACGAUGGGGAGCAGGACACACCAGAAGUCCGGCUCCAGAAGCGAAGAGAAGAGCUCAGCCGGACCGUGGUGCCGACACUGCUGCUCGUGUCUAAGAAGAACGUGCACAAGAGCGCAGUUUACCGCAACCGCUGUCGCACGAGGUUCAACGCUGCUUUUCGGACGGCACUAGAGAGCAAGAUGUUCCGGUCGGGUGAUGAACUGGCUCAAGGCCAUGCGUACAUCUUUUCGAUCCGGAGGGAGGUCCACGAUGCGCCCAUGCUGACCGUCGUCGAGGAGGUGACGCGAGCGCUGCAGGCCAUUAAGAGGAAACUGCGUUCGUCGUAAACAGUGGGGAGCCCUGUAACAAUACUGCAAGUCUGUGACAUUAGUCAAUGGCCAUUCUCUCCAU